AUGGGUUUGGUGAUGUGUGGAUGGAAGUGGGGGAGGUUGGUGCGAUCACAGCUUGGUGGUGUGAGGAUGGCGAUAAUAGCAGCUUGUUUGAUAAUUGGCUUCACUCGCUACGUUUUGUUUAGACAUCACGCUUUUGAAUUCAAUGAGAAAGAAGAAGAGAAAGACCCUUUUCUUUGGAAUGCUUUAAUCAAAACAUAUUCUCAUGAGCAUGACCCAAAAGAGGAUUUGUGGCUUGUUUCUUUAAUGCUUGAGAAUGAGGUUUUUGUGAAUAAGUUCAUGUUGUUUCUGGUUUUGAAAGGGUACUCUCGAGUGGAUUUGGUCAAGAAAGGAAGGCAGAUUCAUGGGUUAUUGAAGAAAUUGAAAUUUGUGAGAAUUGACUUGACACUUGUGGUGUUGUAUUGUAUUCCAAUGGAGGAAAGGAACUUUAUUUCUUGGAAUUCGUUGAUAAGUGGGUAUGCGCAAUCUAAAGAUGGAAUUUUGAUUGCUGGGCAAUUGUUUGCGAAAAUAUGGGAUUUAAUUUUAUGGAAUUUGAUGAUUGAUGGGUGA